ACGGUAUUCCGGCCACGAGGCUUCCGCUCAUAUUCCCUGUCAGAAAGCAAGAAGAAGAAUUGGCGAAGCCGAAUAAAAUAAUCAUAUUCCUCACAAUUGGAAUCGUUCCGCGGCUGAUACGAUGGAUUGAAAGUUUGACAGUCGAGCACGUCCAUUCCAUCUUCGUUUAUAUGAUCUAAUUCGUGAAUUCUCGAGAACAACCCGAUGCUUCCUACCACGCAACGAUCCGUCGGGAAUGCUACCACAUUCGUUUUUGUUUCGUUUUUUUCUUCUGCUGUAUCUCUUUCUCUCAAUUUCUCACGCGGAUUCCUUGCCCCGAGAAGAAGGGGGAGAAGACGAUGAUUCUUCUGUGUCGAGGGAGGUUUUCUUCCUGGACGGAGGCCCUUCGGACGUCACUUGGGUCGUUCAGAUUACUGAUUUGCACUUGAGCUCUUACCAUCCUGACCGUGCAGAUGACCUGAAGAGAUUGCUGGCUCCUGCUUUGAGAAUUGUCCGGCCGUCUCUUCUUCUUAUAACAGGAGAUCUUACUGAUGCCAAAAGCAAAGACAGAACAACGACACGGCAGGAUUUGUCUGAAUGGCUCCAGUAUAAACAGACCAUGGAAGCUGUUGCUAAAGAAAGUGGCAUGAGCUUGAGAACUUUCAUCGACAUUAGAGGCAAUCAUGAUAAGUAUGGAGUUCCUUAUGUCGGAGACAAGCUGGAUUUUUUCUCAAAUUAUAGCAUAAGCUCUCAAUUCAACAGGCUGACCACCGUCCAGAGCAUCUGUCUCAUGGGGAAGGAGUGGAAUUAUGUAUUUCUGGGUUUGGAUGAUUCGCUAGAAGUUGGCCUCCGUUGUCCAUCAAAUUUAUUUGGACAUACAAACGACAAGAGGCUGCAGUCUUUGAGCUCAGAACUUCAAUAUUGGGAUGCUCAUCUUGAUGGGCCAGUUACCAAGGUUGUAUUUGGCCAUUUCCCUAUGUCAUUUAUUAGGUCAUCAGAAACGGGACAAUGUUAUGAAAAUAUAUUUGCAAGGGAAUCAGUUUCUGCUUACCUAUGUGGUCAUUUGCAUGCAAAAUUCAGUAAGCAUCUUUGGAGGCACCACCUAAUCCAAAACACAGUUGGUGCAAGACAAGGUGUAGUUGGUGAAUUUUGGGAAUGGGAGCUUGGAGACUGGAAGGAGUAUAAACUGUUUAGGAUUCUAGGAAUAGAUCAUGGUCAUGUAUCGUUUGUUGAUCUUUCUCUUUCAGACUUGUUCCAUCCUGGGAAGGGAUUUCAGACUGCAAUCCUUGUUACUUAUCCCCUUGACUCAAGAAACAUGAAUAGUAUGAACAUAAAAAGUUCGGAUGCCAGAGAUGAUGUUAGUGCCCUUAUCUUCUCUACCACCCCCAUCAAUCAAGUCAAGGCAAAAAUAUUUGAUUCUUCCAGAGAUUUUGAGUUGGUUGAAGAAUUACUGCUACAUCAGAGCUACAGUAGUAGCACAUCAUGCUUAUAUCGUGGAAGUUUGAAUGCUAGUAAGUAUAGGCAUAUGCCUCCAACACGCUUCUGGCUCCAAGUGAUGGCUGUGGAUAUUCAUGGCAAUGAAACUGCAACUGAAUUGAGGCCAUUCUCAAUGGAUGGCAAACCUGCGCAUCUGCAGAAGACAUGGCUAGAGUAUUUAGUAUUACAUGUAAAAUGGGACACAACAUACAAGGUUCUUUUGUGGGGAAACAUUUGCUUUCUCCUGUUGCUACUUUUCUUACCAAAACUGCUCACUUAUUUCAUUGAGAAGAACAUGUCAUACCAGAAGUGGACCAUGUCAAUUUCUAUUUCAUCUCCAACUUGUCGAAGGAGGAACAUCUUUUUUCCAUUAUGGUUCUUAUUAGAAGGCUCACGUGAUGGGAAAGUCUGGUUCUCAAUGGCCCUUUAUCUUUUGUACUUGCUGAUGUUUCCAUGGUUUUGGGGCCAUGCUGCAUCGGAGGAUGGCAUGCUUUCUCACAUUUCCAUCCACGGAUGGACAGUUAGUUUACCUGGAGGAAUAAGAAAGGACAGCGUGGCAAGCCUUGACAUAAUGGCCAUUACGCUGCCAUUCAUGUAUCUGGUAGUGAGCCCUUUAUUUCUUCUGGUCUACUGUAUGUUCACUGAAAGAUCUCUGUUCAACUUACACUCUGGUAGCAAAUUAAGAUGCUCCCAAAAAUCAAAAUCCUUGAUGCCAAAAAUGGCAAGAAGCUUGCAGGAGGCUGCUGAUGGUAAAAAUCCCAGGGUUGAUCAUAAUGCAAAGGCAUUAUCAUGCAAAAUUUGCAGCGGUUGGACGAGGACUGGUCUCCUGUUGGCAAGCAUGGUGGUUCUGUAUAUAAAUUUCACGCUCUGUACUUAUCUUGCACGAGCAUAUGGAGCUGUGGUGGUUAUCCUUUCACCAGGCCUAUUGUGGGGACCAACAUUAUUAUUGGCUUAUGCAAUUUGUUCAUCCAGGUUGGGUGUUGGAACAUACAGUCUGGAGCCAUCUUGUUCACAAUGACUCUCACAUUCCAGAAUAUCUCACGCCACCAGUGGUUGGGUAAAAGCAAUGAAUAGAUGGAGCGCAAAUGAUUAUCACCUAUGAUGUUUAUCAAAUUGUUAUAAAAUUUAUCUAGAGCCCGCCCACAAAAAAACUGGUGUUACUUUUUUGGUAGUCUAGGUGCUUCUGGGACACCUCCAGCAACUGCGUGGAAGUUCAGAAAUAAAACAUGUAAAUACAGUUGUCAUAUUUCUCUUGAAUGGUUUCUUGAUGAAUCGAUAUGUGCCGAUAAUCACAGCUGAGCUAACCCAUUCUUGACGAAACAGUUGAAGCCUAGAGAACAAAUUUUCUACGUACAUUUCGUUAUGUAGUUUGUCCACAAGUUCUCAGCUGCCAGUGAUUUAUUUGAUUAUCUGGUCUAGAGGAUAGCUGUAUAGCUGGAUUUUUGAAUCUUCCGAUUUUCAAUUUGCUUACUUGUUCUGAGGUUGUGGAGCUGCAGCCAUGUAUGUAAGUUGAAUAUCAUCUUAUUGGAAAAUAUUUCUGCCACGAAA